GGCGCGGGAGAAGGGUAGAUAAAAGGAGGGUACUGCAGAGAGACCGUUUACAUUCACAGCAGAUCGGGAUCAAGUAGGAGGAUGGGUCAGACUCUGCUGUGGCUGCUGGCCUCUUUGGCCUUUGCCUCUCUCACUUCUCUGGCGAAUGGAGCUCCCUUGCAGGUGAUGUCUGCCCCCAAUUUGUUGCGGGUAGGAACAGCAGAAAACAUCUUUGUGGAGUGUCAAGACUGCACAGGAGGAGACAUUAGGGUUGAAAUCCUCGUGAUGAACCAUCCAACCAAAACCAAAAAGCUGGCAUCGACAUCUGUGACCCUCACCAGCGCAAAUAACUUCCAGGAGCUUGGACAAAUUAAGAUACCUGCUGGUGACUUCAGUAAGGAUCCCACCAUGAAGCAGUAUGUGUACCUGCAAGCUCAGUUCCCUGACCGACUGCUAGAGAAAGUCGUCUUAGUGUCCUUCCAGUCCGGGUACAUCUUUAUUCAGACUGACAAGACCAUUUACACCCCUAACAGCAAAGUUCAUUUCAGGAUGUUUGCAGUGACACCCCGUAUGGAGCCCGUAGAGAGAGAUGAUGCCACUCAAACUGAUGCUUCUAUUGCCAUUGAGUUUGUGACCCCUGAAGGCAUCAUUUUACCACUUGAUCCAGUCUCUCUGAAAUCAGGGAUCCACUCUGGAGAUUUCCAACUUGCUGAAAUUGUCAGUCCCGGACUGUGGAAGGUGGUGGCAAAGUUCCACAGCAACCCACAGCAGAGCUAUUCUGCUGAGUUUGAGGUGAAAGAAUAUGUGCUGCCCAGUUUUGAGGUUAAACUGAUACCUGGGAGCACCUUCUUCUAUGUGGACAGUGAAGAGCUCACAGUCAGCAUCAAAGCCAUGUAUCUGUUUGGUGAAGAGGUGGAUGGGACGGCCUAUGUGGUAUUUGGGGUUAUGCAAGAGGGUCAAAAGAAGAGCUUUCCCAGUUCUCUUCAGAGAAUCCCGAUCGAGAGAGGUAACGGAGAGGUCAAACUGAAGAGAGAGCACAUCACACAGACCUUCCCAAACAUCCUCAGCCUGGUGGGGAGCUCCAUAUUUGUAGCUGUCAGUGUGCUGACAGAAAGCGGUGGUGAAAUGGUGGAGGCCGAGUUGAGAAAUAUCCAGAUUGUCACAUCACCUUACACCAUCCACUUCAAGAGAACUCCCAAAUAUUUUAAACCAGGAAUGUCCUUCGAUGUUGCGGUUGAAGUUGUGAAUCCCGAUGACACUCCGGCAAAAGGUGUUGCAGUGGUGGUCAAUCCAGGCCAAGUGCGGGGCCUCACUGCUGCCAAUGGCAUGGCAAGGGUUACCAUCAAUACAGAGGCUAUGAUUAACAGACUGACAAUCACCGCAAAGACCAAUGAUCCUCUUAUUUUGAAACCUGAAAGGCAAGCAUUAGCCACCAUGACAGCUCUCCCAUAUACCACCAAAGGCAACAACUACAUUCAUAUAGGUGUGGAUACAGCUGAGCUGAAACUAGGAGAAAACCUGAAAAUCAACCUCAACCUUAAUAGGCAGGCAAAUGCACAAUUUGACAUCACAUACCUGAUCCUGAGCAGAGGUCAGUUGGUGGAAACGGGCCGUUACAAGACAAGAGGCCAAGUUCUGAUCUCCCUGACAGUCAUCGUUACCAAAGAAAUGUUGCCAUCAUUCCGCAUCAUAGCCUACUACCACACAAAUGAUAAUGAAGUGGUGUCAGACUCUGUUUGGGUGGAUGUUAAGGACUCCUGCAUGGGCUCGUUGAAGUUAGAAUCAUCGAGACCUGCUCCAUCCUAUGAGCCUCGCAGGAUGUUUGGUCUGAAAGUCACAGGAGAUCCAGGAGCCACAGUGGGACUGGUGGCAGUUGACAAAGGGGUCUACGUCCUAAACAACAAGCACCGACUCACCCAGAAAAAGGUGUGGGACAUUGUAGAGAAGUAUGAUACAGGCUGCACACCAGGUGGAGGGAAGGACGGUAUGAAUGUGUUCUACGAUGCUGGGCUGUUGUUUGAGUCCAACACGGCCUCUGGGACUCCUUACAGACAAGAAUUGAAAUGUCCGGGCCCAAGCAGGAGGAAGCGAGCUACUACUAUAAUGGACAUCACCACCAGCUUACUGAGUAAAUAUAACGACCAACUGCAACGUG